AUGGCUCGUUCCAACGAUUCUGAAGAUGUCGAAAAGAUUAAGAAGUAUAUACGGAUGCUAGAGACCGAUGAUAAGGUUGGGAAAGCUUUAAAAAAGCUUGAUAAGGUUGAAAUGACUUUGGAUCUCCUCCAAAAGACUAAAGUUGGAAAGUUUGUUAACAAAUUACAAGGAAAUACUGUUCACGGUGAAGAAGCCAAGCGUAUUGUCGGUAAGUGGAAACGAAUAGCGAAGGAAAAUGGAGUUCCCACGACUGCAUGUACAAGCUCCAGCGAUUAUCCUUCCAGUUCAAUUGUUAAAACGGAAGAGAAUCCAACUAGAAAGAGGCAACGUUCGAGCUCUCCAAUUAUCAAAAGGGAAAUUAAAGCGGAGGAAGCCGAUUACUCUGAAACAACUAAUGACGAAGUUACUAGCCAAUCAAAAUCAAAACGAGUAAAAGAAGAACCUACUGCCUUUGAGCAAGCCCUUGCUAGUUCGGUUGUACAAUCGAAGCCUAAAGUAAAAAAGGUUAAGCGAGAAAAUAUACUGGAUUUACCAGAAGUGGAUUUGAACUACCGUCCUCUACCUACUCUAACCUUAUCUUCUAAGUCAACAGCUCCUCCUCCACAAGAAGAAGAGUUCAAUCCUGAAAAAAUGUUCAAACCACGUAAUGAGCGUGGAAAAGUUUUCGCGGGUCGAAGAAAAGUUAACCCGCUCAGUGAAGUACCAUCACUGUUUAAUAUGUGUUUAAGAAUUAUCGGUAAUAACAUUGAUGCGAUCGAGGAUACAGGAGACAUUCCAUUUGACAUAUUACGCCCUGUUCUGGAAAAAUGUAACGAAAAACAACUUAUGUACAUUGAGCAACGCAAUCCCUAUCUUGAGGAAGACAGUAGUGCACUCUGGGAGAAGUUUGUAACAAAGAAAUACCCUUGUAAGAAACCCGCGAAACACGAAGCAUGGAAGGAUAUGUAUUUGAGGUUGAAAAAUGAAGAAGCAGAGCGUCUAAAGAGUUUGAGUAAAAAAAUUGGAAGAGCGAACGCGGACAUGGAUAAUGUACAGAGAAAGGCAAUGCUUGCUGACGCUAAGGCUCCUAGGGAUGUUAGAGUUCGUCAAAUGAAGAAUGGUACAACACAAGGUGCACAUCUCAUUCCACACGCCUUAGAUGUUACAAAAGCAAGACGCCAAAUUUUUGAGAGUGGGUCUAAAUCAUCUCUAACUGCCAUCCCAAAUGCAGUUCUCAGUCGUAACAGUACAUUAGGAUCUAAAACAGAAACCAAGAAGCAAGGUCCGAAAAAAGGAGCAUUAAUGAUGAAAACCAUGAAAAUGCUGAAUAUCAGAAGGUCCCGUUGA